AUGCUUUUUGUUGUAACAUUGCUCGCUCAUUUUGCAGCCAUUAUCGCUGCCACAGGAACUUCCAACUGCAACCCACUAUCGUCUUCCUGUUCGCCAGUACCUGCUUUGGGCACGGAUUUGGUGGAACUGUUCACUGAGGAAAGUGACCGUUUUGAUGUUGUUGCUGUGCCUUCGGGCGUUUCAUACACCGACGAUGGCUUGGAAUUGACUUUGAAGAAGAAGGGUGAUAACCCAGGCAUCAGAUCUAACUUCUAUAUCAUGUUUGGCCGUGUGGAGGUGUUGAUGAAGGCUGCUCCAGGUAAGGGUAUUGUGCUGUCGUUCUUUUUGAUGUCUGACGAUUUGGACGAGAUUGAUAUCGAGUUGUUGGGCGCUGACGAUACUCAGUUCCAGUCCAACUACUUCUCUAAGGGUAACACUGAGACAUAUGACCGUGGCGAGUACCACCUGACGCCUGGCUCUCCUCAGGAUAACUACUUUAACUAUACCAUUGUGUGGACGGAAAACGAGGUUGUUUGGUACUUGGAGGGCACUCCGGUGAGAACUCUUUCUAGUGAUAACAAGCAGGGCUUCCCUCAGAGUCCUCUGUACAUCAAGGCUGGUAUCUGGGCUGGUGGUGACCCAAGUAACGAACCUGGUACUAUUGAAUGGGCUGGUGGUUCUACUGACUAUAGCAAGGCGCCAUUUACCAUGCACAUUAAGAAGUUGAUCGUGGAUGACUACUCUUCUGGUGACAAGUACGAGUACACUGAUAAGUCUGGCAGCUGGAAGUCUAUCAAGGCUGUGAACGGUGAGAUCAACGGCAGAGAAGGCUCUCAGGCUGACGAAAGCGCUUCAAGCAGCUCUUCUCCAAAGUCUAGCUCGAGCAGUUCUUCUAGUUCUUCUGCUCCAAGCUCUAGUUCCAGCUCCAGUGCCAGCUCUUCUGCUCCAUCUGCUGUUUCUUCAUCCCCAGCUUCCUCGAGCCUGGCUGCCGCAAGCACCGUCGCCCAAUCUUCCCAGCACACCUCGCCGGUGGCUACUUCAGCCUCUGCUGGUUCAGGGUCUGGUACAACUGCCUCCACUUUGGCUACAGCUCUUACCACUGGAUCUGGAUCUGGAUCUGGUUCCGGUUCUCAGUCUGAUUCCGGCUCAGCAAAUGAGUCUGGCUCCGGCUCCGGCUCCGGCUCUGAUUCUGGAAGCUCUGCUUCUGCUUCCUCAUCUGCUAUACCCACUGUUUCUUCAAAUGACUUGGCUACUGCUACAGGCCUCUCUGGCUUCUUGGUCCUUGUCGCUUUGGCAUUAAACUUUUAG